AUGGGUUUACAGAACCAGCUCUCCGACGUGUCAUCGGAAUCAAUCCUAAUAUUAAUGGUAGUCCUCAUCGGAAAAAGCGCACGUUAUCUCUACUCCGUUUUCUUCACUAUCUUGCGCCUUUUCUCACCCCGGUUCGAUUCGGAUCAUGCUGUUUCCGACGAAACUUUUCACGAGUUCGUGGGAUCUGGCCUGGCCGGUCUAGUCCUUCUGACCGAGCAAUUAAAUCUGAACCGGGAUUUUUUUUAUACAAAAAUGUUCCGUGACGGCGUUGGUGGGGCCGGUUCAGAUUGUGUAGUGUGCCUGAACCAGCUGGGUGAAGGUGACCUCGUGCGCAAGUUAGCGUGCCGCCAAGGUUUUCCAUAA